UCCAACACUAGCCAUCUGGCGAUAUCCGUGUUGUUGAUGUCCUCCGGGAGCUCGGGAGGCCUCGUCACCACCAAAUUUUCCCCGUCUUUUUUUUGUUUCAAGUCCCAGGAGCGUCUUAUGUCGAGAUAUAGGAUAUUUUCCCCUACCAGGGCGACAGGUUUUCUAUGAAUGUCGGAAGGAACAGUGUCGUGUCGCCUGCCGUUUGCCAGUUGUCUGGGGCCUUCAGCAGAAGACUCAGACGACAUCGGAUACACCAAUAUGGCCCGUCAACCAGUGAUCCUCAACGUGUAUGAUAUGUACUGGAUAAAUGAAUACACAUCUUCCAUUGGGCUCGGUGUGUUCCACUCGGGUGUGGAAAUAUACGGCACAGAAUUUGCAUAUGGCGGGCAUCCAUUUCCAUUCUCUGGCGUGUUUGAGAUCACUCCCAGAGAUGCUGAAGAUCUUGGAGAUCAGUUUAAAUUCAAGCAAAGCAUCCACCUAGGUUACACAGACUUCACUGAAGAUGAUACGAAGCGAAUUGUAGCAGAGCUCGGCAAAGAUUUUCGAGGAGAUCGAUAUCAUUUGAUGAAUAAAAACUGUAAUCACUUCUCCUCCGCCCUCACACAGAUUCUGGUAGGUCGAGAAAUCCCCACUUGGGUAAAUCGACUGGCGUAUGUCUCGUCGUGUGUACCCUUUCUUCAACGAUGCCUCCCUAAGGAGUGGCUAACACCUGUAGCCCUCCAGCAGACUAUUGAAAGACCCUCCCCAGACUCCCCAACUUCUCCACAUGCUCCCUCAUCCAGUUCGCCCGGUUCUGCUACUCGGGACAGAAUUCCACACUCAGCCGCUACUCCGAGGAAUCCCCGUUCUACAACACACUCCCGCAAUUCUUUGUAACCUGUCAUGUGUGCUAUGUUUAUGGUGACUGUUCAUCGUUAUGCCGAUGUUUUUCUCACAGAAUGAAAUGUUGCAAGUUGUUUGACAAAGUGUAUAAAGUGUGUGCGUGGUUGAUGAAUGUUUUUAUAAGGUUAUUUUAGAUAUGUUAUGAUAUGUGUUUUCAGGCUACAUAUAGUUUUGAUAAUAAAAAGUUAAAUUUACAGUUCUAGUGCAUGAUUGGCUGCAGUGACAAUGCUGCUGGCCUGCCAUUGGUUAUUGCAGCAGUAGCCAUAGACUACAAAGUAAAAUUAUGGAAGAUAACUCGACUGUGUAGAGUCCUCGCUCUUCUCGUGUGUACAGAAACUUAACUUUAGUGCCAUAAAUAAGCAGUUUAAGAGAAGAGUCGAUAUCAAGGCCAUCCACACAUGUAUCAGUGUGAGAAUCAUUUUUAUUACACCUCAUUGAAAAGUAUUACAGUUGUCAUAAUAUUAGUUUGGGUUGAAAGUUUGGUACAUUUUUAAGAUAUUGCUGCUAAGAAAAGAUCUUACAUGUGGCAAAUAUGCUUAAAAACUAACAUAUUUUCAGUCCAAAUUAUGUUAAUGAUGUUAAUUUCUCAGUGGAUUCAGUAUCCCAAACAGUACCUUGUAUGAAGUAUUGUCUUCUUGUUGAUUCACAAACAUGUUGCAUCCUCGUGGGCUGUAGUAAAAGUGUGUGCAUUUGUUAAGCAAGAAAUGGCACUGUUACUUGUUGCAAUGAAUCAAUAUUUACAUUGAAAAAUUCAGCAAAUCUUGAAUAUAAAUACUGUAUUCAGAGUUGUUGUGUCGGUGAUGCUGCAGAAUCACCGUACCGUAAAGGAUGUUUCCUGGGAUUAAACAAAAUGGUGUUGUCCCCCACAGUUUUAAAAGUAAUUUAAUUAGCCACCAUUAUUGUUGUUGUGUAUCCAGCCAUGCCUAAGAAUAUUAACUUAAGUACCGUAAGUUUUUUAAAAUUAUAAAAAUGCAGGAGAAUCUUUGAACAUUGUGCAGCAAGUGGAAUUUUAAAUAUAGCAAUGGUACACCUAGAGCUUUUACAUGAAAAACUUUGAGACAUAAUCUUUCAUUUCUGGGAGCGUUCUAUCCCACGAUAGGGAAACUGGUGUCAAGAGAUGUUGACCAGUAUUUAGCAUUUAAAAAAAUAGUUUUUAGCUUGAUUCUCCCUUCAAUUGUUUACAUAACAGUAGUAAUUGAACUGUAUAUCAAAAUAUGGGUAAGCAGAUAAAAAUACCUUUCAAGCUGUGGUGUGCAGUACAGUAUAUAAAUUUAUGGGUGAGCAGAACAAAAUAUUCCUCAACAAACUAUGCAACUCUAAAUUUGGGUUCAUGGUGUGCCCUUUAUGUUAGCCCUCAGUGAGGGUAGUUUGUUGUGUGUCUUAAAGACAUGUAAUGAAUAUGCUUUAUAUUUUCUUGGGGGAUGACAUUGUUAUGUUAUGAUCCCUGGACUUUACUCUCAGGUCUCACUGCCAACAGAUGAAGAGAUAUACAAGGGUUUGAGUUAGGCAGUCAUACACAGAUGUGAAACUGGGCCUCACCAUGUCUAUAGUCUGGCUCAUCCAUGUGUGUGACAUCACAUGUUCAUACGCUCUUUGACAGAAAUCCUUUCUUACUCUGCACAGUACAAAUAAAUAAUAAAAAAUGUGCUAAAUAUUUAGGUACUACAAUACCUUUGGAAAAAACAAAAGUGACAUUCCAAUUCUAUAUUUUAAUUAUUCUAGAUCCAAUAGAAUAUGCUUAGAACUUUUCCCAAUAUAUUGUGCAGUGUCUUUUGAAAGUGCUGCAGCUAGACAGUACAACACUAGCAGGAAGAAAAGCAUAAGGUACCCAUAUUAAUACAUUUAUUUGCCAAUCUAAUGUAUAAGUAUGUGUUGCCAGUUUAUUCUCAUUUUGCAUGUCAUUAUCAAAAUGUUUCUCAAGUAGUAAUAUCAGAUUUUUCAGACUGAACAAAUCGGAGUCUGUGCAGCUCUUCUUUAUUUUUUUAUUUAUUUUUUUAUUUUUUUAAUUUUUUUUUCUUAUCUUUUUAAUCUUCGUAGUCUUGCCUGAAGUUGGGGCAUUAUAAUCCUAAGUUUGGCAGUUAUUACCCCCCUCUCCCACCCCUCCCAUGUACUUGACUUGGGCUGCAGGUUAAAUGGUCCCUAACCUAACAGAACCAUUAGGAUUGGGGAUCUGUCAGAUUUGGGAGCUAUUUGACCAGUGCCCUUGACUUGCUUUAAUGGUUACUUGAUCUUAAGCCCAGCAUGCUAGGUGUUCAGCAUCCUGCGUAGCCUGACCUGGCCCAGUGGAACGUCAUUUGGGCACCUUACUCGCGACAAAGUGUAUAAAAAUUGUUUGACGUCCAUUACCCUAUAGUGACUGGAAGGCAGGGUGAUAUAUUUACAAAUUUUUUAGAUGAAGUUAGUAAUGUUGCGUACAGACUUGGUGUAUUUGCAGUACAUUUGCUUUUGUGUCUUAUUUCAGUUUGGAGGAUUUUAUGACUCAUUUAACUACUUAUUGAUGAAGCAUGCUAUUUCUUCUAGUUGGAGAAACCCACCAAGUAUUAAAUUGCCCCCCUCCCUCUUUUGAACUGCAUUAGUCAGCUCUAUGCUUGCCUUUCCUGGGUGACUUUAGAAUUCUCCACUGCUCCUUGACUGAUUCUUUAAACAUGUGUUAGAGGUAGGUUAGGUGAGGUAUUGUGAGCUUUUACUGCAGGUCAUGAAUUAAUGUCCAUGCUACCUUGUACUCUUGUGCCAAGUCUGUAUACAAAGUUGUUCAUAGUACUCUAUAAUAAUCAUCUUUGACAAAUGAAAUUAUUAAUCCCAUCCAGGAAAAUGGAAUGGUUACUUGAAUUGUUGCAAGAUGAUUGGGGAUGCAAAUGGUUUCAAGAGUAUUACCCAAGCGAUACGCGGAGGUGCAAGUGGUUUCGGGAACGUCUCCUGAACAGUACUGUACAUGAAUUUGAAUGGAAAUGCGAAUGCGUGAAAGUUUUCUUGGCCAAUACAUGGCUUUUAAAGGGCUCUACAGUACAGUAUACCCAUUUCUAAGCUGCCUUAACUUCAAAUUGACUAACCACAGGUAUCAACUUUUUUAUAUGCCAUAACCUGUCUGCAAUCAUAUUAUUAUCUUUGAAAGUUGAGGGAGCUUUGAAAAGUGCAUAUGUAUAGUAUCAUGUAGAGUAGUGAGUGUGGGUAUGUGUGUGUGUGUGUAUGUCCAGAAGUUUGUUAGUCUGUGAGGAAAUAAUGUUUAAAAGGUUUUACAAUAUUGGAUAAGCUAAGUUCAGUACAGUAUAGGAGUUUGACACAUCUUCCAUUGUGUACGUGAGUUAGGUAUUGUAUUGAACUCUUGUCAGGGAAAUAUUAAUGUGACUGAUGUAUAUUGUCCUUGUUCUUAAGUUGAUGGUGUAGAGAUGUUUUUACUAACCCAGGUCUGUGUUUAAUAACAAAGCUAUUUUUUAUGUGAAUAAAAAUGAAUAUAAUACACCUUUCUAUUAUUACUUAAAUUUGGAAAUUGUUAGCUAACUUACUAACUAGGUAAGCUAUGCAUGACUGAUUUUGAGUUCAUUAUUUUGCUUGCUACAAUGUUACGUGUAGUCAGUGUAAUUAGUGAUGAACGUUACUGUGUCCCUGUAAGUUUAGGCUAUGCAUGUUCUGUUUCACCUUUUGUAUAAAUGAUGAAUUUGUUUUCUUAAAAUUUGAUUUAAGUGCUGCAGCUGGCUUUCAGUAGCAGCUUAUGUGUCCAUUUUUUCAGUUUCUAGGUUAUAGAUAUUUUAUAUUAGUUUGCCCUGGCAUUUUAGUUACCCUUGUAUAUUUUUUUGGAUUAAAAUUAUUUAGUAAAUUAUAA